ACGUGGAUAUAAAGAUGGGGACAGAGCGAGACGUGUCUCACUUCUCUGUCUGAACAGCGAUAUUUCAGAAUGAGGAGAGCUGCAGUUUUUCCGGCGUUGCUGCUCUGUCUGCUCUGGACGGGGGCUCGGGGUGAGGAUCAGAGCAGCAGUCAGACCCAGGUGAGCAUUGGCAUCUGGGCUGAGGUGAAGGAGCUCAGAGACAUGGCCAUCGAACACAGGAUCAAGAUCCAGAGGCUGGAGCAAGACAACACAGCCACACAGGUCAGACUGACAGCCAUCGAGAGCAAGCAUGCAGUUCUAGAGGCCAGGGUGAUCUCUAGUGAAAAGGAUGUGGGGGAGUUCAAGAGAGCAAACGCAGGUCUAGAGAACAGGAUGAGCUCCAGAGGAAAGGAGGUGGAGCAGCUCCAGAGACCGAACGCAGAACGCCUGGCUCGAGUCACAGCGAGUGAGAUUAAGAGCACAGGCCAUCUUCAGGUGGCAUUCUCAGCCGGUUUCACUGAUUCAGGAGCCGUCGGACCCUUCAACACUACAAUCACACUGAAGUACAGUAAAGUCUUCACCAAUAUCGGCCAGGCUUACAGCCCAACUACAGGUAUCUUCACAGCCCCCGUCAGAGGAGUCUACUACUUCAGAUUCAACGUGUGGGAGAACCGCAGUUUAGUUCAUACCUCUGUUGAACUUCAUCACAACGACCAGAUGAAGAUGAGGCUUUAUGAUUACAAUGAUAGCACUGGCUAUGUCUCUGCGUCUAACGGAAUGGUUCUUCAGCUGGAGCGGGGAGAUGUUGUCUGCAUCGUUCUCACCUGCGACCACGGCGUUUAUGAUGAUUCUUAUAACCGCAUGAUUUUCAGUGGAUUUCUACUCUUCCCUCAGUGAAGCCCACUGUAAAACACCCACUGCAUUAAGUUUCAACAUUACAUAUUAAUAAAGAAGUGUGUUGACUGAAUAUA